AUGGGGAUCUUCAUUCCAAUCAACAAGUUGGAAAACUUGAAAUUGUACAAGUAUUCCUCAGAAGACCACUCGAUCAUCUCUAGGUACAUCUUGAAGAGAUGGUGGAACUACUUUGUUCAGAUUAUCCCACUUAACGUGGCGCCCAAUCUUGUGACUUUGUCUGGGUUGUUCUUUGUCUUAGCUAACUUAGCCUGUGUGUUCUAUUACGAUCCAUACUUGAACACAACUUCGCCAAAAUGGUGCUAUUUCUUCUACGCUUUUGGCUUGUUCAUGUACCAGACCUUAGAUGGGUGUGAUGGAUGUCAUGCUAGAAGAACUGGCCAGAGUGGACCCUUGGGUGAACUCUUUGACCAUUCCAUCGAUGCGAUCAACACCACAUUGGGUGCCCUUGUCUUUGCUUCUGUUUUGAAGAUGGGCUAUGGUGGCUUGUUGAUGUUGUCGCAAUUUGCUUCGGUGUGUAAUUUCUACACUUCCACCUGGGAGGAAUACCACACCCACACCUUGUAUCUUUCUGAGUUCAGUGGCCCUGUAGAAGGCAUCUUGAUGAUUAUUGUAGUCUUUGUUGUGACCGGGAUCUUUGGCCCUGACAUCUGGAACGUGAAGUUGUUCGACUUGAACUUGUCGUCGUUGGGCUACGACAAGUAUGAAGUCAGUAGCUCAAUCUUCUACGUCAUCAUUGGUUUGUCCUCGUUGUAUUUCAACAUUAUUUCUGCCAUGAAAAAUGUCAACAAGUACUACGAAAAGCAUAAUCCAGACCCUGAAGUGGCAAAGAAGAAGUCUGAUGAGUCCUACAAGGGUUUAAUUCCUUUCUUUUCUUACUACGGUUAUGUCAUCUUAUUCAUCUGGUUCUACCCAGAAGUCAUCACGGUACACGGUUUCCCAUUGGUUAUCUCCAUUGGCUGUACAGUAGCCUUCUGUGUGGGUAGAAUCAUCUUAGCUCACUUGACCUUGCAGGAUUUCCCAUUUGUUCAAGUGCCAAUGUAUGUUCCACUUUUGCAAUUGGCCGUCACCAAAAUUUUGAUUACCCUCUAUGGCUAUGACUACGAUGACACAUUGCUAGCUGUCAGUUGGCUCGGUAUGGGUGUCACAUUGGGUAUCCACGGUGUUUUUAUUGCCGAUAUCAUCUACGAAAUCACCACCUACUUGGACAUCUACGCUUUGUCUAUCAAACACAAGAGAGCUUAG